CGCGAAUGGACCUGAGCACGCGCGCGCGUUUGACCGUCUUGGGGCGAGGGCCGCACAAGCCGGCGCCCGCCAGAGCGGCCAAGAGCGUGCUCUCCAUACGCAGCCUCGUCGAAGACGACAACGCGCCCGGUUCAGAGAGCAGACAGUACGACACUACCGUGCUUAGCGACGGGAGUGACAACGGGACGUUCUACGAUGGAGAAUCCGCAGCCGUACACGAGGGACGUGCGCCCCCUGGACGAGUAGACGCGGACGCCGACACGGAGCCGAUGGGCGUGCUGGCAGGGGACAGCAGCCCGGCGCGCGCCGACCCGGACGGGCAGUCCGCGGCGCACCGCCAGCCGGAGGCGGCGGCGGGGGCGGCAGCGGGGGCGGAAUCCGCGGGCGAGCGCUCCGCCGCGCAGCCCGAGUCGCCGCCCCCGCAGCCCCGGACGCCCACCGCUACGGCGCCGGCCUCAGAGAGCCCUGCCCCGGCUGUCGACCACGACGGGGGCGGCAGCGGAGGCGGCGGCGGGGGUGGAGGCUGCAGCGACGUGGAGAUCGACGAGCUGGCGCCCAAGCGCAAGCAGCGCCGCUACCGCACCACCUUCACGUCAUUCCAGCUGGAGGAGCUGGAGAAGGCGUUCUCCAGGACGCACUACCCCGACGUCUUCACGAGGGAGGAGCUAGCGAUGAAAAUUGGGUUGACGGAAGCACGCAUCCAAGUGUGGUUCCAGAACCGGCGCGCCAAGUGGCGCAAGCAGGAGAAGGUGGGCCCGCAGGCGCACCCCUACUCGCCGCUGCAGGCCUACGGCGCGCCGCCGCCCGCCGCCGUCGUCGCGCCGUCGCUGCCGCACCCCUUCUCGCACCUCGGCUUCGGGCUGCGCAAGCCGGCCUUCGACUCGGCGGGCGCCUUCCGCUACCAGCUGGCCGCCUACCUGCCGCCCCCGCACUUCCGGCCGGCGCCGCCCCCGCCGCCCCACGGCCCGCCCCCGCUGCUAGCGCCCGCGGGGCUCGGCGCCCUCGGCUACCACCACGCCGCUGCAGGUUCCUUCCAGACACUGCUGGCAAAUAUCUCAGCUGCACAACAUCAGCAGCAGCAACAGCAGCAGCGGCACAGUCCCAAAGACGAGUACCAGCAGGCGGUGCCUAAUCCACCCCCGCCUCUGCCCCCGCAGCAGCAGGAGCAGGCGGCCACGGCGACGGCGCUCCUGGCAGCUGCCAUCGUGCCUCCCCCGCCGCACCCUCCAGGCCCGCCAACCAGCCCGGGGGCGGCAGUGGCGGCGGCAGCGGCGGCGGCGGCUGCAGCGGCGGCAGCUGCCGCCCCCGAGAUCGACCGUCGCAGCUCCAGCAUCGCGGCGCUGCGCCUCAAGGCGCGCGAGCACGAGCUGCGGCUCGAGAUGCUUCGCAAGAACGGAGACCUGAUAAGCUGAGCGCCAUUUCUCGGGGAAUCCCCAUCCAGAGAGUGUUUCAGGCUUGCCGAACGUGCUAGUUGUGUCUGGUGAUGUUGCGAAAAAAUGGAGACCUGACCAGCUCACGAGAGAUCCCUAUCCAGGGAGUGUUUCACUGCAUCCAGUCGCCCUUAGUGUGUCGAGAUGUUGAGAAAGAAUGUGAGAUCUCAUUAGCUGAGCGUCAUUCCACAGGGAAUCCCCACCCAGCGAGUACUUCAGUGUUGUUAAAGGUACUACAUAUUUCUCCAGACGCUGCAGGAGAAGGGAGACACCAGCCGAGUGCCUCCCCACGGAGAAUCCCCAUCUAGCCAGUGGCUCAGUGCUGCCGAUGAUCCUGACGUCUCGAGAUGCUGGGAGAAAACGGAGACCUCAUCGGGUGAUCGUCAGCCCACAAGGACCUCCCAUCCAGCGAGUGCUUCAGUAUUGCCGAAUGUGCUGACUGUAUCUCAAGAUGCUGCGCAAGAACGCAAAACGUCAUCGGCUGAGCGUCAGACCAAGAUUGUUUCAUUGUAGCUGAAAGUUUAAGUGUGUGUCCAAAUGCCUUUCAAAAAUGCGUUGUUGUGAACCGACAGGUGGUUAAUUGUCACCUAAGAAACACUCCACUCCACCUAAGCUCGGUUUAGAUAAACUGCAUAAGCACAUAGCUACAUUUACGUACAUCGCGGAAGGACAACAUUGACAGCUGCACUCUGGAACAUCAGGAAUCCUCGUUAAGCGUUACAUCCAGUCUCGCUGGAAGAAGGAGCAGUGUCUCAGGAUACUACACAAAAUGGAGAACUCACCUGCUGAACGCUGGCAGACGGAGAAUCCCCGCUGAAUGUUCGGCUCAGUCGCUGAAAGACUAAAAAUAUUCGUAUUACCUCUUGGAAUAAAAUUGUCUUCUGUGCACACUAUAGACUUAGACAUCGAAGAAAAGUGUUUACCGUUGCCAUACGUGUAGGACUACAUAAUUAUGCGAAACAUGGCUGGCACUAAGUUCCUUCCUUUGACUUUUCGAAAGUAAACACAACAGUGAUGAUGUAGUAUUAUAACUGGGCUCUGCUCCCAUAAGUCUACUCCUCGCUCGAGACGUAAUGUUUUUCUCUGUACUGAUGUUUUCAGAGGUUUGGUGAACAUUACACAUUACAUGUUAGCCUUGCAAGCUCUAGCAUCCUGAAGACGAACAUAAACCCGAUACAUGGCAUCAAACUUGAAUAGUAUUACAGCAAUGAUAUGCUCAGUACACUCCAUGCAGAACUAGUUAUUAAUAACACAUGCGAGAGAACGUGAAUAUUUUUGCGAAAGACAAAGAAAUUGUUCGCAGUCGCUGGUUGGAGGCAGAUGUCAAAGCGAGGGGGAAGGUGGAGUGAAUCAGUAAAGACUAAAACUUGAAGCCUCAUUAUUAGUCUUCAAUUAUUCGUUGGUACAUCUUAAUCAACCUUUUGACAGCUUUCGUAGGUCAUGAAGGUCCACAAGAUGUACUAUCUUUCUAUGAAUGAAGUGACAUCGCUGAAAUUGUUAGUUCCGAAACAAAAACUACUGAUUUUGUCAGAGAAUGGGCAAAAAUUGACGUUAAUGUGGUGUUAACCAUGCAGUGCGUAAGAGGAUUGAUCCCAGUGAGCCGGUAAUGAUGUACUUAUACGACACAAGUCUUACAAAAAUGCAAGCUACAGAACUGAAGUAAAUAUCUGCUCCACUAAGCACCACUCACAAAAGUCGUUGAAUAUGGGAGAUUCCGUUUUCACUCGUUAAAUAGACACUAUAAAAUGUCUAGGGACUUUGGGUUUUACGUUAUUGUGUCCGUCACUGUAAUACGUGUUACUGAAAGACGAUGUCUUGAGUUUCUUCAUUAUAAAACAUUUACUCUGAUGUGGAUAUGUAUUUAAUUGUGAGCGAAAUAGAUUAGAAACCGCACUUUUAAAAAGAACUGUCGGUUUUCACAUAUGAAUCACUGUGUUGCAAUAUUUUUACUAUUAGUCAGAAAUCUUUAAAAUAGUCGUUCCUGGUAAUUUUUCACGGAAUUGACAUCAAAUCUGCCAUCGAAUCGCAUCGUAUGCGCACAUUUAUUUGCUGUCCGAUCUCACAGAGAUUUCUGUAAUCAACAGAAUGUCAGUCUAUAAAUUUCUUACAAAGUAACGUCGUAGCGACGAGAGGAAGACA